AUGCUUCCCAAAAAAGAGAAAACACCAGAACGAGUCCAGUUCUCAACCAAAUGGUUUCUCAGCUGUUUAGCUGUGUUUGUGAUCUUCAAUUUUAUCAGCAUCUUCCAGCAAACGACGUUCAUGUGCCAGCUCCCGGCAGUAAACCUCGUGCGAGUGCUCAACAACGGAGACAAGUUCAUUGACUCUGGAAAGCUAUACUUUAAAGACAACUACAACGAGGUCAGAAAGGAGAAUAUCGAGCUGUACAACUCAUUAAGCAAAAUAUUCGAAAUGCAAAAAAAUUCGUAUCUCAGAAGCUACGAUGAGUACGCACUGAUACUGAACCCACUUUUCAUUCUGGAUGAAGCUGAGGUCAGGAUUAAAUUCCAUCCGAUGAAGUACUACUUCAAGAAUAAAAGCUUUGAGUUCAAAAACAGUACAAUUCCAAUUCUAGAGUUCAAACGUGUUUUUGGCCGCAAACUGACGCCCCUUAGAGCCUUGCGCCGCCCUGCGAUGCCAUUCUCUUUUCGUCUACAUGAACACCACCAGGACACUAAUGACUUCCUCCACAAAAUAGUCUAUCCCAUUUAUGAAUCUAGCGGCUAUGACAGAACCGAUUAUAGCUUGGAUUCACUUUUAGACUACUCGUUUGUCCUCAAAUACAUCAAUUUCGGGGUGUUUCUUAUCUCACUUAUAUUCUUCAUCGAGGCGCUCUCUGUUGUGGUGCCAUAUUCGCUCAAGUACUAUCGGGUUUUCUCCGUCCCCAGGGUGAACCAAGCCCUAUUUGUGUUGGCAAUCAUUUGUUGUGUCAGCUGCUUUAUGCUGAUGUCUGUGAAUAUUGUCCUUAACCUGAUUCUUGUUGGCAAAGAAUCCAACGAUCUCGGCGUCGUAAGCACGCUUAUGGGAUUUAUCCAGCUAUUUUGGCUUGUCUUUCUUGCGUUCCAAACCAAAAACUGGAUUUGGAAAGUGUACCUCGAGAACAAGUAUCCGUCAUCUGACAAAUCCAGAGAAUUGGAGACUCAAGGCGGGCAUCGGCACAGUCUUGGUGGGUUUGGAAUUAGACCAUUGAGCUUUGGAAGUAUCAAGAGACGUUUCACCUUGACUUUGAGCGCCACGGAAAGUCAAAAAAACUCUAGCGCUGAGGGAUCGAACAAACAGGAUUUGGACAAGCUUUUAAGUCCCCAUCUUUAUACUGAGAAUUUGCACCGGGAGUCUAGUGCAAAUAAUCUGGGCUCUGAGUUUAACGCGAUACCGGGCCAUUCACUCCGCUCUAUACGAUCUGCGCGCUCAAUUCGCUCUCUGGGAGUUGCUACAAUCAAUGAUCGAGAUCCAUUCACAACAGCUUUGCAACAACAGCCAGGAAGCCCUAAACAGGAUGAUAACAGAAGUUUGAAAUCUUCGCGUGGCCGCCUUGCUAUGCUUUACAACAACGGUACCGAGGAGGCAGGAGAGCCUGGAAAAUCUGGGAAUAUCACAGAUAUUGAAAUCGUGAGAGUUCCUUCUAAACCGCAAGGGGUUUUUGUUGAAGAUGUAGUCACCGACUCUAAGGCUGUUGAGUCUGAACAGAAAGAUGGAAACGACUCAGGCGCUGAUAGUGAAAAAUCUUACGAUGCAGACUCUAGUCGUUCAAGUGAAAAAGAUGAAGAACAGACCACUUCCAAACACUCGGUCCCCAGUCUCAAAAAAGAGCCUGCCGUUCAACCUUUGUUGCCAAAAUCAAGAGAUGUCGAUGAGUUGUCAGUCGAUAAUCGAGAUGCCGAGCAUUCAACAACAAGAAUCUCCACAGCAGCAUCUGAAAGUUUUGAACACACUCAGGAAAAGGAGGAUCAUGGCAGAGACAAUAGUGAUUAGAAAUGGACAUUUAUUAGGCGACUCAUGUGUAGCUGUAGCAUCCCUAUUUGAUUAAAAUACACGUAAAUAAUUAUAUCUGAAUUAUUGGACCAUGCCUGGUAUCUGUACGGAUCCGUUAAUCUGUUGGCCUGCAACGACUGAUGGCGGAUUGCGCUUCAAACCAAAGCGCUCGUCAAAUUCAGUGAAAUCAAUUUCAGCACCAUCCUUCAUAUUCUUGUACAUCUUUAGAGCUUCAUCCUCCAUGAGUUGGGAAUCGUUAUAAACCAUGGAGCCCUCUUGGUUGUAUAUUCUUGCAUUCGCAAACAUUAGGUGAAGGUCGUAAAUGAAUUCUUCCAAACUCCAAUAUACUUCUCCCUGAACCCUGCGCUUAAUUCCAUCGAAUGCUAUAGGGUUCUUGAUAAUCACAUAGUAAUCAGGAUAGACACGUUUGAUAGGUUUGGUGAGAAAUAUUGUCGAGAGUUUCCGGCCAUCAAUGGACAUAGUCAAUAAGCGGUCAAGGAUCUCAUUUAAUUGCAACUGUAAGGUAUGGCGUUCUUCCAUGGUCAUUUCAGGAGGAAUGGCAUUCUCUUUACGGCAUAUUGGAGCCGAAAUGGGUAUACCUCGAGACCUCUUUUUCCUUCCUGAUCCUCCCCCUGACGGCGUCUGUGGCGCAGAAUCUCCUAACUCAGGAGGAGAAAUAGUGUUCCGGGCAGAUCCACUCCUUUGCUUGCGUUUCGCGGUCUUCGGUUUUUUCUUGGAAACGCCCUCCUCCUCGUCAUCAAUGAAAUCAGCUAAAUCGCCGUUUGGAUCCAUGGAGCUGUCCAAGGUUUCAGUAUCCGUCUUCGGCUUGCGGCCUCUCUUGCGGCUCUUCUUUGGUCUUGACUCGUCGUCGUCAUCAGAAGCAUAGCCAUCGAUUUCUUUCAACCAUUGCUCUUCGGUGAUAUUCUCAUCGUAAUGAGCAAUCUUGCGCUCUCUGGCUCCACGACCGUAAUGAAGCAUUUCCGCCACCUCAUCGGUAGUUUCUGGCUCUUGGUUAUAAAUCUCAGGCAAUUCCGACUCGGUUAUCAAUCUUGGGUAGCCCAAGGAGCUGUCAUUGCGCUCCUCGUCAAUCUUAUUGAAAAGCUGUAAUUCUUCUUCGUUUCUCGCAAGAAUUUCAUUGAGCUCCUUAUCUUCUAAAACCUCAUCCUCAUCCCUGUCAUUCUCUUCAGCUUCAAGAAGCUGUCUUAGAAGCGCUUCUUGUUCUUCGGAUGUAGAUUUCUGGUCAAAUUUUCCGGCCUGAAUAACUUUACCGUCAAUGUCCAACUUUUGGUGAGCUCUCUCUAAUAUGUAUUCCUCAAUCGAAUCACUGGUAAUUAGUCUCAGAAUCCGAACCUCGUUCUUCUGACCAAUACGGUGCGCCCUAUCUUGGGCCUGAAGGUCUUGAUGCGGAUUCCAGUCAGUGUCAAAGAUAAUAACCGUGUCGGCAGUCUGCAAGUUCAAUCCCAAACCACCCGCUCUAGUCGAAAGAAGGAAAACAAAGUAUGGAGAAUCCUCCGAGUUGAAAUCCUUCAGCAGUGCAGUACGGUCAUCAGCUCGAGUGUCUCCAUCCAGCCUCAUGUAAUGCAUUCCUCUGAAUCUGAGGAAGUCCUCCAUGAUGUCCAUAAUCUGAGUCAUCUGGAAAAACAUCAACACUCUGUGACCGCUGGCACGGAACUUGGGCAAAAUCCUGUCCAAAAGUUCAAACUUUCCACUCACCCUCCAAAUUGUAUCGUUGUUUUCAUGAGAAGGAUUUAUCAUGUCUUCAAUUGCAGGGAACACAUAUGGAUGAUUACAGAUUUUUCUCAGUUGCAUGAGUUUGUUGUUCAUACCCUUGAUACCAACGGGGGCCUUGCUGUCCGAGUCACCAAUAAACAACUGAUUGUACUUCAACAUUUGAUGAUAUAGUUUGGUUUGUAAGCCAGAUUUGCGGCACUUGAUGACUCUCUCUAUUUUAUUAGGCAGACUCUUUUCGACAUCUUUUUUCAAUCUCCGCAGCAAAAAUGGUCUCAAAACCUUAUGCAAUCUUCUGAUGACAAGAAGCGUCUCUUCUUCAGAUAGCUCCAACUUAUCCUGACUGCCGGUGUUGGCAAACGGCGUGUUGAACCAAUCGUCAAAUGACUUGUCAGAGUUGAAAAUUUUAGGAAGCACAAAAUUGAGCAAAGCCCACAACUCAGGAAGGUUGUUUUGAAGAGGCGUACCUGUCAAGAUAAGCCUGUAAUCCGAAUGAUAAAAUUCUGUUAAAGUAGAUGAUAGCUUAGAUUUGGUAUUUUUCAUACGGUGACCUUCAUCAAUGAUCAUAUGCACCCAUUUUAUCUUCGACAAUAGGUAUUUGUCCUUGAUCACAUACUCGUAGGUUGUCAAGAGAACGUUGAAGUUGCCUGCUCUGACAUCAUACGCAAGCUCUUUACGCAUUUGCGGAGAUCCUUUGUAACUGAUCUUUUUCAAACUUGGGGCCCAUUUGUCAAACUCUAGGUUCCAGUUCGGCAAUGUUGAGAGAGGCACAAUGACGAGAAAUGGACCUGGAAUCUUCUUCACUUCCAUGAUAUAAGUCAAGAGAGAGAUUGUCUGGAUAGUUUUCCCCAGUCCCAUUUCGUCAGCCAAAAUACCAUUCAAAUGGUUAUUGAACAAGGAAACCAUCCAUUCCAAUCCCCUGAGCUGGUACUCCUUCAAAGUUCCGCCAACAAGAAUUGAAGGCUGUUUUUCAAUCUUCUCUUGAAUCCUGUGCGCAACAGAAUAGUAAUCUGCAUUUUCUUUCUCCUCGUCGUCCUCCUCCUCUGUAUUAGUGUAUUGCGGAUCAAUGUGAUGUGCAUGAACCAUGUGUUCCUGGGUAUCUCUUUGUUGAACUUUGACUGACUGGAUUAAGGUACGCAGGAAUCCUGUGGUUUGUUUCAAAAUGUGAGUAAUUCUAGUAUCCUUAGUUUGGUCAAGAAGCUUGAUAUACGCUUCCUCAUCGUUUGCCUUAAGAGCUUGCAAUCUCUGUUUGGCAUUUCUUUCAAUACGACGCUGUUCCUCUUUCUCUGUUUGGGCGUGAUAACUAUUCACUCCUCUGGCGAUUCUUGAAAGACGAUCCUUUCUUGUGGAGAGAUACUUUUUGAAAUCGUCAGAAACACUAAGUAUGUUGGCCUGUCUCUCCUGUAGUUUAUUCUUUUGCGAAAGAGCUGUGACUGUUCGCUGCUGAUUGUAUAAAGCAUGGGCCACCGAUGCAUCAUGCGUGUUGAUCGAACGUACCCUCGCGGAAAAAUUAGGUAAAUGAUUUGUGAGCAGUGAGUUUUGAUGGAAAACUGUGCUGACGACGUGGCCUCGAACAGCUUUUUGGUAUGGCAAUAAUGACAUCAGGGUAUACUCAAAGGUGUAAGAUACAUCCUCUUCCUUCAGUUUCUUUAGGUUAUCCAAUUCUUGUUCCAAACGUAGCUGGUCCACCAAUUUCUUGAUCUCUGCAGCUUUGACAACGUCCAAAGGCUUUGGAUAAAGGGAAGGAAUGAUGAUUCUCGACUUUGGGUCGCUCAAAUACUCAUAAGGAAGAUCUUCUGAAACCUCCGGUACCGAAAAGCUAUCGACGACCAAAUGCGGGUCGUGGGUAGGUAUGAUAUUCGACACGUCUGGGUAUUUUUCUGUCAUCUUGUCAAGAGGCAUGGGUGGAUGUGGAGGCAGCAUUUUAGCUGCUUGCUGCUUUGGUGGCUCCUGUUUCAUUAUCGGAUGCUGAGGGGGGAUCGGAAAUUGCUGAGUCGGAGGAACUGGUGUCUGAUUGGCGUGCUGCUGAGGCUGUUGUUGCUGCGACAUCAUCAUGUGCUGGUUAUUGAGCAUGGGCUGUGGAUGCGGCAUUUGCGGUGUCUUGUGAGACUGUAUAGGCUGCAUUGAUUGUUUGGGUGGCUCCUUUUGGAGCUUUUGCUUGUGCUGCUGUUGUUUGAGGAAUGCAUUGUUUUGCGAGACGAUCGACGCGUUGGGGUCGCCAAAUUGCCUGUUAUACUGCUGGAACGAGAUAUUGAUCACAUUGGCAAGCUCGGGCUCGAUUGGCUGGUUCUGGAUGAACUUCUUGAACGCGGCAAUCUGGUAUUUGAGCAGUUGCGACUGAGGAGGAGAAAAAAUAUUGGAAGGCCCGAAAGAGCCGGACCUAUUGGCCUGUUGCGACUGCGGCUGCGGUUGCGACUGCGGCUGGUGCUGUUCCUGAUGCUGUUGCGGAGGCUGCUGGGGGAAUUGCGAGAAGCCUUGUUUGUUUUGAAACUGCGACAUCUGACUCUGGGCCUUGAGCUGUCUCUGGAAUUGGGAGUACUGGGUCAGAACCGAGGCGAGCUCUGCAAAUUCAGGCAGUUGCUUAGCAUUUUCUCCGUGCUGGGAUCGAAGCAGUUGGAGCCGCUUGUAUAUGUUUUGCAGCUGAUCAGGGGUGAGGUUUUUUAUAUGUGCAGGCAACUGGUGUUGUUGUUGUUGUUGCAAAUACUGCGGCGUGGGCUGUCUAUUAUUAGGGAAGUCCAUGGUAUUUAAACAUCGAAUCCGAACGCGAAUUUGAUCAAAUUGUACACAAACACGUCAAACCACUGUGGAGAUGCGCCGUUUUGGUAUGUUUGCCUACAAUUGCUAAUAAUUUGUAAGGGGAACUACUAGCUGCAGAAAAUGGUGCGUGAAAAAAAAAUGGCUUAACCAAUCUGCCAAA